UCCAUUCCAGUCUCCGUAUAAUUCUGCUUCAGGAUUUGGCACGAACAGGCUUUAGGAGUCUCCUGUGGAUGACAGCGGGGAGCAGUGCCGGAGAUGCUGUAGCUCACACAACCGCUAGAAGACAAACGCAGUGGUCCUCCCCGCCUCACCAAAGCUCCUGAGUGCAGCCCAAGAAACAGGAACUAUUUUUAAUAAACCUAUGAAUGGGACUUUGCCCCGCGCUGGAUCCUGAGCCCCGCUUUGUGAGGAAGUGGGGCGCAAAGGCAGAUAGAAGGACAGUCUUUUCUUUCAGUUAAACCCGAGGUGGGAAAAGACGCAGCAAUGACAGAGCAGCAGUCGUACGCAGCGGCAAAAUAGACCAACUAUUGUGGGGACGGAAGAUUGAUAAAACAACUGGGCGAGCAGCGAGAGCGGCAGAAUUUCCAAACGCUGCAUCUGGUUUGGUGCCAGUGGUGUGCUGGAUGGCUUAUUAUUGCGUUGUCCUUUUCAUCAUUCGCUGCCUUCCAGCGUUUGCAGAUUACUUGGGGAUCUCGGACGGCUGUUUGUGAGGGAGUAUUGCUACAUAGACCAACGGGGAAUGCCAUGUGUCGUUGCGCGACAUAGAAGCUCUUUGUGGGCUGUUUUGCACCGGGGACAGGUGGUGCCGUGUCUCUGCGUGUGUGUGUGUGUGUGUGUGUGUGUGUGUUGAAACUAGCAGGGGUGCACGGACACACAACCCCUGAGACAGUUGUCUUAGGGAUGUCAGGCCGGAGUACGGGAUCAGUUUUUGCCAGAGACAGGUGCGACGGGGAGGAGUAGUUUACAAAGCCCUACACAUGAUCGGGUAAGGCACUAACGAGCCUCUGAUCACUCUCGGAUUUUUUGUAUCCAGCGGGACUCACAACCGGCUCAUACUGUCGUUUCUCCGGCACCUUUCCGCCGAUAACCAGAGACUCCGCCGUUGUGUUACUAUGGCGACAGUGGCCCCUCCCUCCUUCUUCCUGCUGUGUUGGCUGCUCCGAACGGCCAGCUCGGCGUUCCCAGAGGAACCGGGGCCCCUCAACUUCAUCCCCACUGAAGUGGUGAGAAGACAUCCAGUGUUUCUGGGCCGACCCCACCGAACUUGGCUGAGGCAAGAGCCUCUACACAUCCAGAGGAUCCUCCAAGUCAAUCGGACGCUCUACAUUGGAGCCAGAGAUGACCUUUUCCGUGUGGAGCUGGACAUCGUUGCAGGAGACGAGAUGUUCUACAGCAAGAAACGAACAUGGGAGUCUAACAAGAAUGACAUCAGGAUCUGCAGGAUGAAGGGCAAACACGAGGAUGAAUGCCGUAAUUUCAUGAAGGUGCUGCUCAGCAGGCAAGGGGGCUUGUUUGUUUGUGGGACCAACGCCUUCAACCCGCUAUGCGCCAACUAUACUGGAGACACUCUAGAGAUGGUAGGAGACAUGGUCAGUGGUAUGGCGAGAUGCCCCUAUGACCCCAAACACGCCAAUGUAGCUCUGUUUGCAGAAGGGAAUCUGUUUACAGCCACAGUGACAGACUUCCUGGCCAUUGAUGCGGUGAUCUAUCGUAGCCUUGGGGACAUUCCCGCUCUGCGCACUGUCAAGCACGACUCCAAGUGGUUCAGAGAGCCGUAUUUUGUCAGUGUCGUGGAAUGGGGUCCCCACAUCUACUUCUUCUUCAGAGAGAUAGCCAUGGAGUUCAAUUACCUGGAGAAGGUGGUGGUGUCACGUGUGGCGCGGGUGUGUAAACGCGAUCAGGGAGGAUCUCAGCGCGUCCUGGAGAAGCAGUGGACGUCGUUCCUGAAGGCCCGGCUGAACUGCUCUGUCCCUGGUGAUUCCCACUUCUACUUUAACCUGCUCCACUCCACCAGCCCCAUCAUCAGGAUGCACGGCAGGGACAUAAUCCUGGGGGUGUUUUCCACACCGGCUAACAGUAUCCCAGGUUCGGCAGUGUGUGCCUUCGACAUGGAGCAGCUGGCUGCAGUGUUCGAUGGGAGGUUCAAGGAGCAGAAAUCACCCGAGUCUAUUUGGACGCCUGUUCCAGAUGAAGUCAUCCCGAAGCCAAGACCCGGUGGCUGUGCUGUUCAAGGUUCCAGGUUUAAUUCUUCAAACUCAUUCCCUGAUGAGAUGCUCAACUUUGUCAAGACCCACCCUCUGAUGGAUGAAGCCGUCCCAUCACUCGGACAAAGACCCUGGAUAGUCAGGACCAUGGUCAGGUACCAGCUGAAUAAGAUUGUAGUGGAUACAGAAGCCGGGCCUUAUCGAAACCGGACCGUCCUGUUCCUCGGGUCGAGCAGAGGGACCAUCCUCAAGUUCCUCAUCAUGCCCAACCAGGACAACACCGUCACUAACAGCAACAUCUUCCUGGAGGAACUGGAGGGAUUCAACCCUGAUAAGUGUGCUGAAGACUCUCCACAAGCCAGGCAGCUGUUGUCUUUGACUCUGGAUCGGGUGAGCCACACUCUGCUCCUCGCCUUCCCCUCCUGUGUGGUCAGGGUGCCAGUGGCACGAUGCCAGCUCUACUCCAGAUGCAUGAAGAACUGUAUCGCCUCUAGGGAUCCUUACUGUGGCUGGACCAGAGGAAGCACCUGCUCUUUCCUCAGACCUGGGACCAGACUGCCGUUCGAGCAAGAUGUUGAACAGGGAAACGUGGCCCACUUGGGUGACUGUGAUGGAAUGCUGCUCCAAGAGAGUUUCAUCGAGGAGCCUGAUGGCCUGGUCUCUGUAAACCUGCUGGUGGUGUCUGCUGUUUCAGCCUUCGCAACAGGGGCUGUCCUCUCUGGCCUCACUGUCUGCUGGAUCAUGAGUCACCGCCACCGCCACUCUCGAGGCUCUGGGGCCAGUGGCGCCCGCCGCAAAAGUGACAAAGAGCAGAGCAUGCUGGGGCAGGGCCGCAGCGGUUCAGUAAUGAGCGUAACAAGGACCAGCGGCGGUGAGAGGCGUCGUUCACAGGCAGACAAUCCCUUUGUCACACCCAAUGGUUGGCCUAAAGGAGAGAUGGACCCGGGCUUGCUGCCUACCCCAGAGCAGACCCCGCUGCAGCAGAAACGAGCCAUGCGUCUCCCAGACACCGACUGGGACCAGAGCCAGACCUUCCUCACCGCUGUCGGGACACCCUGUCCCAACAACUCUGUCAUCUACCUGAGCUCCAAGUUCCUGCAUGGAGGUGGAGGGGGUGGAGGGAUGGUCCGGAUAGAGGACCCAGGGGAGGUUGUGCUGCCCCCCCACACCGAGCGCCAGCGCUACCUGAUCUUAGCCACCCAGAGAGGGGAGCACGGUGGCAGUCGUCCCAGCGGCACCCUGAGGAACUCAGCGGGAGAAUACAUCUACCCCGCCACGCCGCAGGAUUCCCCUGACCGACGGAGGGUGGUUUCCGCUCCCACUCCCCACAUGGACUAUGGGGAGCCUCGCUGGAGUCACGAGGCACUCAACUACAACAGCAACAAUGGAGUGCCCUAUCACCCUCAGCGUCAAGGCCUCAUCAGGCCAGAUAUGCACGGGCCUCGAGGGCUGGGAGAACUGGCUGACUUCAGCCAUCUUCUAGGGAAGAACAUGGGAGAGCGUACCCCCAGUGGCCAGUGAGGCGAAGUACGUGAGCCCUGGCACCAAGCUCUCUCUGAACACCCAUUCACUCCAACAGCGGACUGAAAUAAAUCAACCCUUCAGACUCACUGUCCCGGUCCAACCUUACCCUGUCUGUCCUCUCUCACUGUCAUUCAAUGUUCUGACGUCAUUCAGCUGACUGAAGAGAGAGACAGAGAGAAAAGAAACAAAGAGAGAGUUGGAAAAAGAGGAGAAAUCACAUCUCACGUUCCUCUGCUCUCAAUCAGAGGUGCACCCCUCUGCUCUGUAAGUGGUAUGACCCACAGAGCUUGACUUUGACACCACAGGACAAACUGUAAGCUAAAGAGAGGGGUGCAAAGGAAAGGGAAUCUUUGCAAAGCAGUGUGUGGGGAUUUUAAAAAAUGACAAUUUUGCUCGCAGCGCCAAAUGUGAAGCGUCUCCCUCUACCAUUUUGUUCCCCGUUUUGAGACCAUGGAUCUUCUUUGAGUGGGAAAUUUUGUUUCUGCUUUUGUUUUUUUGUGCCAGUGGCAUCCAGCAGAUGACAAUGCGCUUUACUAUGGAUUUCAGAUGAGACUAAAACUGUUGUAGCCGUGCCAGAGGGCCGUGACUCAUGAAUGAAUCAUGCAGUGUGUGUAUGUGUGGAAGUGAGUGGCCACAACAACCCCAACCAGUGUCCUGUCUAAACUGUGAAGUAUAACUAUAUAAUUAAGUUUCAUUAAGGAGGUGGUUGAUGUUAACAUUAUUUCCUCUUUUUAUAAACAGUCACAGAGAGACAAACGGAUUUUAUUAUGAUCCUCUAUUUGUUUAGCAAUCAAAGGUUUAGAUGGUUGACCAGUGGCUAGUGAGGGGUUGAAACUCCCAUUGUAAUUUUUGUCAUUCCCAGUACCUCAGAAGCAGUACUGGACAAAGCCAUCAUGAAGGGAAAGAAAGCAAUAAUAAGCAAGACACACAUAGGGAAGAAGAUGAAGCCAAUUUAAUUUGAUAUUUUAUAAUAUCACUGUUUUCUCAGCAAAGCAAACUGAAGUUUGGAGAUGUGAGAAGGAGACAGGCACUGGGAAAAGGAACAAUAUCUCCCCUUCAUUGUUCACUUCCUAGCUGCCUCUCAGUAUGCCUGGGUCUCUCUGACCUGACCUGAGGCCCCCCUGGGCUCCGAAGUCCAUUUGAAGGAGGGAAUGUGAGCUGUGGCUGUCUGGCCGUCUGACUGGGGCUGUGAGGCCCGGCCGCUUGGGAGCUCCAUUCAGCCUCUUCUGCCCAACACUGAGCCUCUUUGUGCCCCAGAAGCAGGAGGAGACUGCGGCAACAAAUAGCCGUUAAGAGUCAGGGACCUAACCCAACACUGCAGCCAAGCAGAAUAUCAAUGAGGAGGACAGCAGCUCCAUCCGUCAUGUGAGAUGUACCAACCAGGACCGGGCAUCUUUUAGGCUUCACCCACUGUGGUGAUUCACUGGUUUGCCAGUACAGGGAGGAGCUGAGGGCUGAAGCUGGGGCUGAGGCCAGGAUUGGGGCACUGCUAACUGUCACAAUGGUCAUCCCUUGUGGUUUUAUCCCUUUCUGUCUUUCAGUGUGUUUCAUGACAAAAGCAGGAUAAAGAAAACAGAUGGGCAUGGGGUAUACUUGGGUGUGGAGUUUCACUCCGCUGUCUGAUCUUUUGAUGUGUUCUGUUUUUGUCUGUUCUCAUCCGUUCUUGAUUCAAAUGUAGAUCCAGAGAUAGCUUUAGUUCAUCUGGGUCAUGGUGUGGUAGGGGUACUGUUUUUGUGUGCGUCAGUCUGUCGGCUGGUGUGUGUGAGUCUCUCUGGGUUUGUGCGUUACUUAUACUGAGUGCAAAAAAACAGCUUUGAUCAAUUUUACUCUCAUUCUCACCCUUCUUCUUCUUUCUUUCUUUCAUCCCUGUUCCUUUCUCCAUUGAGCCAUUAAAGUUGUGAAGCCUAACAGUGUCGGAGCCCUGCAUGGGAGCAGUAUAUGCUAUACAAUUUAUUUAAACUAUUAUACUUUACACAAUGAAGUGCAGCUAAAAUAGAGAUGCUGGGCUCUACAUAGCUGAAGACAAGGGCUGGCCAUUGUUUGAAAUCUUUUGAUACUAGUGUAAAAAUGACACCUUUCAGUUUUUGAGAUUUUUUGAGACUAGUUUAAAAAAUAUGGUUUAAAUAUACAUUUUAAAACAGGCAAUACUGAGCUUUAUAGCGUCUUUUAGCUCAUUGUUUUGGUAUUUUAGGCCCAGAACGUAAUUGGUUUGGUUCACUCUUACUGUUUUCAGUUACGGUUUUGGCCUCAGCAGCUGUUUUCAGCAAAAAUGCUCAAAAAAUCAGCUGUGUGCUACUUGGAUAGCACCCAAGUGGCCAAAAAACUAAUGAAGGUUUAAUGUAAAUUAAUGUAAAUUAUUGUUUGAAAUGUUUUAACACUAAGGUCAAUAGAAUAACAAACAAGACUUUUCUUUUGUCUUUCUUUUCUUUUCUUUCUUGAUCUUUUACUUUGAGAAACAUGUCUUUCUACAAAAAAAACCAAACAAUGUCCAACAAAAGCCAAAGUAAUGACAUUGUCUAAACACCAGCAGUCGUACGAGAACUUUCCAUGAAUACAAUAGUGUAAAUUCUUUGACACUUGAUCUCAGUUGGCACCAAAAUAGUAUUGAGGUUCAAUACCCAGCGCUAAAAGAAAAACACACAGCCCGAGCUGGAGGUGGUGCAUUAGACAAGCCAGUGAAAGAGAUUUAUGAAAGCAAGGACAGAGGAGGAGGUCAGGCGGGCGAACAUGAUGUUACUGCAUUACCGCCUCACCACAUUAGUACAGUGUAUUCUUUACACAUUCCACCCUGAAACAGGUCAUUAGUAUUGAGGAUACGGAGCCCUCCACCAGCCAGGCCCCUCAUCUCUCUGUCUACAUCUCUGCUGUGACCUGAGUGCUGCUUGUCUCUAUAUAUAUGUGUGUGUGUGUGUGUGUGUGUGUGAAUGAGACCUCUCUGUCUCGGCCGGCUUGCCCAGCCAGCCGUGUCCUCACUCUGCAUCUCCUCCGGUGUUUCACUAAACAUGCUUGAUUAGGCAAAGUACAUUCCCGGCCCUCUAAUGGCCUGAUGAGCCCUUGAGAAGAUUACUACAGACACAUCAGCCCUGAGAGGGAGGUGCACAUUCAACCAGCUCUUUACCCCUCCACUAACCACCAGCCACACACACACACACACACACACACACACACAAAUAUGGUCGACCCUUCAACCAAAAUCGGGAUGCAAUUGAAUUAAGAUCAGAAGUAGAGCUCAGGCUUAAAAUAGGCUGACACUGACUGGUUCUAGGAAAGGUAAUGCACAUGAUGUUAUCGUACUAACUGCACAAUUGAAUUACCUUAGUUUAUCAUUACGGAGCAGCUAAAGAAUUCAGGUGCAACCUCAUGUAAGUCAGUCUGUUUAUUAAAGCCAUCAUCCUCCUUCUUUACAUGUUUCAUGUCAUUCCCAUUUCUCCUCUUUCAGCAGCUGCACUUUGGCUUCUUCUUUCAAUUCAGUUUUAAUUGUUAACAGACUCACACAAUUUCUUUGCGCACACACACACACACACGUAACAUGUCUACCUAAUGUGAGCUGGUGCUUUGGUCCCGUUUGUCACUAUUAAAGGUUAGCUGCUUUAUUUAUCUGUGACAGAAACAGAAAUCAAACUAACUCACAAAAAUAUCAAAUGGUUAAUGUGUUAAAUAAAUUUUAAAGACAUUUUCAAAGCCUCUCCUGUGGAAAAUUGCUUUCCUGUGCUUAGAAAUUAAGAGUUUUUUUCCGUUAAAUGUAGCACAUAUUGCCUCCAGUCCCACAUACACACACACACUCUCCCUCUUUAUCUCUAUUCUACACAUAUGAACACGCGAAUUCCCACCCAGCCCUCAUGACCCAGUCUGUCUGUUUUUCUUAUUUAUCUUGUUGUGCUUGUGUGCUUGUUAAAGAGAACAUGCCUUUGUGUGUUGGGGUUGUUCGUGCUGUGUGGCCCCUGUGAUGUGAUGCCCCCCAGCCAAUAACUGCCAUCUUGCCCUACAGUGUUCCACUGUACUGUAUGUGCUCUAUGCCCUAGAAAGAGUCUAGAAAUGGAGGCUAACUUGUAUUAAAUCCACCAUCACAUUUGGGAGUUUUGACAUGAAACUGCUCCCUUCCAAGCCAACAUAUGAGAGGAAAAAGCACAAAAACAAGGCGAAAACAAAAUCAACCAUUUUUGUAAAGCUGUAGAUGUAUUUAGUCAGCACUGAUCAUUUUUGUCAUGUUUGUUUUUUCUAUAGUUUGUUUCUGUGGUAGAUAUUUGGUUUGAAAUGAUAUGGAAUUUCAUUGUAUAUGAUUUCAAUUUCAAUUCUCUGUUGUGCCAGAUUUGAUGGCGACAAUGAAGACGAACCUGAUGACUAUAAUGAUUAUUAUAUUUACAGUGACAAUGAAGCAGUGCUGUGAGCAGCACUGGGGUGUCCUAUUUGGAUGCUGAAAGGAAAUGGUAGAAGAAGAGGAAGAAGAUAAAGAAGAAGAGGAAAAGAGAGUGAACUAAUGAGGUUCAAAAAGAGAUUCUUCUCUUCUCCUGCGGAGUGGAGUCUCCUGCUACUGUGAAGGAUCUUGUCGUCCUGUGGCCCUCACCAGAGGCUGGCCCCCCAUUGCCCCGGGGCCCUCAGGGCAGGCUGUCAUCAGAUGACAACACAUGUCCCAACUACGUGUACAUAACCUUGAUGCUUACAUGUAAUUUAAGUGCAGUAGCUGCAUGACGACACAGCCUCUGUGUGUGUACAGAAGUAGCGAUGUGUGAAUUUGUACAGUACAUGCAAGUGUGUGUGCUUGUGUCCGCGAAGAAAUCUGUCUGUCGUCACGCAAAAAGCAACACGUGCAUGCACCCUCUGACAGUACGCACAUACACUGCACACGCCCUAAACAUGCAAACACACUCCAACAGUUGUUCACCAUUCUCCACAUUGUCCUGAGCUCUGCCUGUCACUCCGCAUGGAGACUUUGCUCUUUGUCAACUUUCUUAUUCUAAUAAACCACUCAGAUAUUGAC